UGAAUCUCCAACCGAUGAUCAUGACUUAGUCAUGGCAGCAGGUAAGGGUGCAGUUAAAGCCCUUGUGUCAUCAUCUGACAAUAAGCUCAUCAUAAGUGCUCAUCAGGACCAUAAAAUCCGUGUCUGGAAAAUAGAAGAUGUCAGCAAGUUUCACCGUCAAAUCACGCACUUGGCCACGCUGCCGACACUGAGCGACCGUGCCCUUAGACUCUUGGUCCCCAAGAGCAGAAUCCAAGUCAGAAGGCACAAGAAAUGCACAUGGAUUCACCAUGUUGACUCUGUCUCAGCAUUAGCCUUAUCGACAGACGAGACGCUGCUCUACUCCGUUUCUUGGGACCGGACACUCAAAGUCUGGAGGAUGACGGAUUUCAAGUGCCUGGAAUCCAUAGCCAAUGCGCACGACGAUGCAAUAAACGCCAUUGCUCUGUCGGAUGACGGCCAUGUCUACACAGCCUCAUCCGACACGAGAAUCAGAGUGUGGUCGAGGCAAGAGUCAGACUCUAAGACGCAUUCCCUAGUGGACACAUUGGAGAAACAUGACUCGGGGGUUAAUGCUCUUGCACUUACCGGAGACGGGAUGGUUUUGUACUCAGGUGGCUCCGACGGUUCAAUUCUCGUCUGGACGAACGAGGGUGGCGGCAGGAUGGCGGCGGUGGGGGCACUCAGGGGGCACAGUAAGUCCAUACUGUGUUUGGAUGUGGUAGUAGAGUUGGUGUUCAGUGGUUCAGCUGACAAGACUGUGAGGAUCUGGGGAGGGGUGGGGAGAUCAUACUCUUGCUUAGCAGUUCUUGAAGGGCAUAAAGGGCCUGUUAAGUGCAUUGCUGCAGCAUAUGAUCAUAACAGCAGUGCUAAUACAUCAAAUGCACUAAAAACAUGUCUGCUGUACAGUGGCAGUCUGGACAGUGACAUUAAGGUCUGGAAGAUUUUCCUGCCAUUCUAAGAGGUAAUAAUUAAUCCAUAAUCAGCACUUGAUAAUUUCACUACCAGUCAUUACAGAAGCAAGAUUUCUCGCAUAUUUGCUUUCAUGAGUUGGGAAGCCCUUUUGUCUAUCUUUUUAUAAAUAGAGGGAAGAUUACAUCUAACAUCCCACAAGUGAUUAGCCCUUUGCGAUUUUCGUCUUAUUAUUGUUUAACUCACCACAUUCCAUCCUCUAACUCCAAAAACUGUUGUAAUUUUAGUCCCAAACCUUAAUUUUAUUAGACAUAUGAUGAGAACACCUCUCAAUUCCCUCAAACUUAGCGGAGCACGUGCAUGGGCACGUGUUGUUUCCGUCCUAAAUCUAACAGAGAAUUGGGACUAAAAUCGCAAGUUUUUAGUAGUUAUAUAAAUC